GAGUCUGACGUCACCGCAGCCCGGCGCCCGCCGCCAUUGGAGUUGGCGGUUCGGGCUCCGUCCCUCGCAGCGGCCCGGCGCAGGCGGGCAGGCCGGGGGGCAUGUGAAGGGACGGGGCCGGCAGGGCACGGCGAGGCGCGCGACCGGCGCCGGCCUACCGUCCCCCCGGGCCCACUGAGGAGACGCCGAGCGGCGGCGCGCGGGCCCCUUCCCCUCCCCCUCGGCCCCUUCCCCUCCCCGGCCCUGUGCACGGAGCGCCGCCGCCGCCCCGGAGCUCCCAGCGGCGCCGCCUCCCGCCCGGCCUCUGCUGAACCACGGCGGCCCCGUACAUGAAUUAUGUCUGCCACAAGCGUUGACCCUCAGAGACCGAAAGGACAGGAUAAUAAAGUACAAAAUGGUUCAUUACAUCAGAAGGAUACAGUUCACGACAACGAUUUUGAACCUUACCUUUCUGGGCAGUCAAAUCAGAACAGUAGCUAUCCAUCAAUGACUGAUCCUUAUCUGUCAAGUUAUUAUCCACCAUCUAUUGGGUUUCCCUACUCCCUCAGUGAAGCGCCAUGGUCUACAGGAGGAGAUCCUCCUAUCCCAUAUCUCACCACCUAUGGACAACUCAGUAAUGGAGAUCAUCAUUUUAUGCAUGAUGCUGUUUUUGGACAGCCUGGGGGCCUGGGAAAUAAUAUCUAUCAACACCGGUUUAACUUUUUCCCUGAAAAUCCUGCCUUCUCAGCUUGGGGAACAAGUGGAUCCCAAGGACAGCAGACUCAAAGUUCAGCAUAUGGGAGCAGUUACAGCUAUCCACCUAGUUCACUGGGAGGUACCAUCGUGGAUGGACAAACAGGAUUUCAUAAUGAUACAUUAAAUAAAGCUCCUGGAAUGAACAGUAUUGAACAGGGAAUGGUUGGACUUAAGAUUGGUGGAGAUGUUACAACUUCGGCUGUGAAAACAGUAGGUUCCGUUGUUAACAGUGCUGGGAUGACAGGUGCCCUCUCUGGUAAUGGUGGCUCAAAUGUAAACUUGCCAGUAUCUAAACCGACUUCUUGGGCUGCUAUAGCUAGCAAACCUGCAAAACCACAGCCUAAAAUGAAAACAAAAACUGGACCUGUGAUUGGAGGAGCAUUGCCGCCUCCUCCUAUAAAGCAUAAUAUGGACAUAGGUACUUGGGACAAUAAGGGUCCUGUGGCGAAAGUUCCUGCUCCCCAGCAGAUACCUUCUCCUCAGUCUGUUCCACAGCCACAGCAACAAAUUGUUCAGCCUGUUCCGGCUCAGCCUCCUCCAUUGACUCAACCACAGUAUCAGAGCCCUCAGCAGCCGCCCCAAAAUCGCUGGAUCGCUCCUCGCAACAGAAAUGCAGCUUUUGGCCAAAGUGGAGGAACUGGUAAUGACAGCAGUUCAGCUGGCAGCACCCAGCCUAACCCUGUUCCAAGUGGUGAGUCCCAUCCUGUUCUUGAAAAACUGAAAGCUGCUCACAGCUAUAAUCCUAAAGAUUUUGAAUGGAACCUUAAAAAUGGACGUGUGUUCAUAAUAAAGAGCUAUUCUGAGGAUGAUAUUCAUCGUUCCAUUAAGUAUUCUAUUUGGUGUAGUACGGAGCAUGGCAACAAACGCCUGGACAGUGCUUUUCGGUCCAUGAAUAGUAAGGGCCCAGUCUACUUGCUAUUCAGUGUCAAUGGCAGUGGACACUUCUGUGGAGUUGCAGAGAUGAAAUCACCUGUGGACUAUGGCACCAGUGCAGGUGUCUGGUCUCAGGACAAGUGGAAGGGGAAAUUUGAUGUCAAGUGGAUCUUUGUGAAGGAUGUGCCCAACAACCAGCUCCGACACAUCAGGCUGGAGAACAAUGACAACAAACCUGUUACAAACUCCCGUGAUACACAGGAGGUGCCCUUAGAAAAAGCAAAACAAGUGCUUAAAAUUAUUGCUACUUACAAGCACACGACCUCCAUCUUUGAUGACUUUUCUCAUUAUGAAAAGCGCCAAGAAGAGGAGGAGGUGGUGCGGAAGGUAAACUUAUUAAAAAAUUUAUUUUAUACACAGAUAUGGGGAAAAUGAAAUGUGAAGGCUGCUAUAAUGGAGAAAAUGUAAGUAGGAAUUAAAAAUGUUUUUAAUACAUCUCAACUGAUGCUUAUUUAUGUGACGUAAUUUCAUAGCAAAUAUGUUUCAAAGCAAAAGCUUGAGCACUGAUACAGGUAAAGGAGGUCUAUGUCCAGGUCUUUGUAGUAUCUUAAAGUAGUUAAUAGAUUAGAAACAAGUUUCUAUUUUAGAGUUGCCCCAUAAGCAUUUUGCUUCACAAAUAUGAGGUGUUUAAGCACUAUUUGACUGGAACUUGUCUAUCAAAAUUGAUACCUAUGUUGGCAUUUGAAAUUUGCAUAUUACCUCUAAGAGGAGGAAGAUUGAUCCUACUUGUUCAGUUAAAUCUCUGGAGAAGGAGCUAUAUAAAAUUGCUGGAAUAUGGAAUAGUGCUAGGAAGAUUGUUUCUGCUGCUGAAUCCCCAUGUAUGUUAUUACUUGGGUAAAUAAAGGCAAAUGGUUCUCAGGUCCAGUAUGUUUAUUAAUUCUUGAAAGUCUUGAGUGAGGGUGCGUGAGAAACUGGGGCAGUAACUGGGAAAGCAUGAUGAAUGUUUUAUGUACUUUUUGAUGUACCUUUUCAUGGCCCCAAGAGUCAUCUGUCCCAUGACCUCAGUUUCAAGAAUACCUUUCUCUAGUUAGGCAGCCUGGAAGUCGUGUACUGACACAACACUAGGUGUUGGGAUGUGCAAUUAUCACUUAGGUAACACUUAAAAGUUGCUUUAUCAACAGUGUUUUAUACAUAUUUUUUUGAAUAGUGUCUUAAUUAAAGCACUUAUUGAGCAGGCUGGUUUAGUGCAGCUCACGCUUGUUUUUAAAUGUUUUUAAAGCAAGGUUUGGUGAUGGUGAAAUUGAAGUUGCUGUUUUAAUGGCUUUACUGACAUUUAAGAAUUAAGAUAAAAUUGCUUUAACCUGUCUUAGAAUGUACCCUUAAAUUGUGAGAGAAAAGAUCAGUGUCUUAAGAACUUCCAGCUCAACUUUUUCUAACCAUCUGAUAUGACAUAUGUAGCAUACUUCAACACAGCAGGGAUGGCAAGUUUUUGUUCUGCACUCUCUGCGGGGUUUCACAAACCAAAACCAAAAGUCAUUAUCUCAACAUUUCAUUUGUUCAGUAGAUGAUUGGCAAUUCAGUAUUUAACACAACCUGUAUCUUGAGGAGAGCUGUUUUCAUGUGUGGAAUGGAAUCCUAAAUAAUCAUAGAAUGGCUGGGGCUGGAAAGUAUCUUUAAAGAUCACCUGGUUUCAACCCCAAUUCCCAUGGCAGGACACCUUCCAUUAGGUCACAUUACUCAAAGUCCUGUCCAGCUUGACCACGAGCACUUCUGAGGAUGGGGCAUCUGCAGCUUCUCUGGGCAGCUUGUUCCAGUGCCCCACCACACUCAUAGUAAACAAUUUCUUUUCCUAUAUGUAAUACAAAUCUACCUUCUUUUAUUUAAAAAAUGAGCUACACCCUGCCCUGUCCCUGUGCUCCCUGACCAAGAGUCCCUCACCAGCUUUUCUGCAUUCUCCUCUAGAUACUGGCCUUCUCCAGGCUAAACAACUCCAAUUCUUAGCUUGUUUCCCUAGGAGAGGUGCCCCAGCCCUCCGAUCAUCCCUGUGACCCUUCUCUGGACCUGCUCUGACAGGUCCCUGUCUCUUGUGCUGGGGGUUGCACAGCUGAACACCGUGCUGCAUGUGGAGUCUCAUGAGGGUGGAAUAAAGGGGGAGAAUGACAUCACAGCAGAUUGAGGGCAGACUUCUCUAUAGCAAGUCAAAAAGUCAACUGCUUACAGUCUAGGGAAGAGAUUGGUUUUGUUUUUCAUGCUGAGUCUCCCUGUGACUUGUUACCAAGGCUGGAGGGGAGAAUAAUGUGUGUGAGGAGUGGGAGUGCUGGGGAAUCUGAACCAGUUGGUGUGUAUUUGCAUCAAGUAGUGAAAGUGAUCGGCAUCCAGCCUUUCUGAACUGUUAACUCGGUUGCCUGAGGAGGUUCAGAUGGCAGCUUGCUGAGUGCUGAGCUUCCUUUGCUUUGAAGUAGCUCAGUGUGCUGAUGUUCCUAUUGAGCUGACCCCACUUGGUGUUAUUUUCCUACACAUAGCUAUUUUGCACUUUCAGUUCAAGCGUUAGUAUGAUAUGCUUGCUUAGGUCACCGUUUCUAGAACAGGAUUGGUUUUUCAAAAUAGUUAUGUCUUCUUUUGCCUCAUUUAAAACUGAGGCUCUGGCUUGUCUGACACAUGCAGAAAAUAAAGUCUGAAGUUUAACAUUUCUUAGAUUCACCUGGAUGGGCUGAAAAUAGCACAGUGCUCAGAAAAUCAGAGUGCGCUGAGGAAGGUGGUAGUGCUGGAGAAAUAAAGCAGAUCAACAAUGAGGGUGUGAAAAGAAAGGUGCUGCUCAUCCAGAUGUAUUCUAUAAAAUUGCCUGGAAAGUUAAUUUCUUUUCUCACUCUUGUUGUAUAAAUGAACAUGAGAAGUGUAGCUGAUUAUUAGGAGUUUCUUGGCAGGAUUUCCUAUGACAAUUUUUCAAGAAUAUUGCUGGUUAAGGUAACUUAAAUGACUUUCUUGAGUGGUUAUUUGCAUAUGUAGCAUCAAAAUUAGAUUUCAAGUUGGUGUGGUUGUUCGUUUUUUGUUUUAAAUGAAUUGUACUCUGUUUAACAGUAACAUUUCUUAUCACAAAUCUUGCCUCCAUCACCAUCAUGAUUACAAAAGGCUGGAAUUCUUUAGAAAUUACUCAUGGAGAGCUUGAAUGCUUUUAUUUCAUUUAUACACGUGUUUAGUAGAGAAAAGAAUGAUGUCAUGUAAUCUAUUUGAUGCAAGCCACUAGCAUUCAAUUUUUUUUAAUGUUAACAUCUUUCUAGCCAAUGUUUCCUUCAUCAACUAAUGGUUGAUUUCUUCAUGCUGGCAUACAAAUCCAGCUUCUGAUGUGCUGUAGUUGUGAACCUUUUUUUGGCCUAAUGUAAUGAUCCAGACCUGGGAAAGGAGUAAGCCAAAGAAAAGUGGUAUGGAAUUUCUCCUGCUUUUCUCAGUUCCAAAAUCUGCUGCAGCAUGAAUGUGCCCUCAGAGAGAGCAAAUUUUGUGAUCAGCUCUUAAAACGUGAAGUUGCAAUGUAUGUGAGAGAAUCUUGAAAAAGAAAAUAAGGGCUUGUAAAGAAAAGCAACUUGCUGCAGGUUUUUGUAUUUUCAUUUGCAACUUGUGGUAGGACCGAAAGAGAGUUCUACUGUGAAAUGUCUGCAAUUCAUCUUUGCAGAUCUGUAUUUAACUGUGUGUCCCCAGUGCUGUGUGCUCACCUCUGGUCUGUGUUGUGACAGUCUGAUUCCAAGGUCUGCACCUUGGUGUCACUGAAACUGCAAAGGAGUUGCAUCUCAGAAAGCUCUUGAAUCAACAAGCUUAUUUCUUCUUUUCAGCAAAUAUCUAUUGUAAGGUGUCAGUGAUAUUCAGCCAUCCCCCUACCACCAAUAUUGCCUGCUAAGCCGUGUCUCAAAGUACCACAUCUACACUUUCUCUCUUUGGAAGGGCAGUCAACCAUGCAGCUUCUGUUUACCACGGAUCCUUUCACCAGUGAUUCUCUUAGCAGUGGUCAGUGGCUCACUUUGUGAUCAGUGUUCACAAGAUUCAGUAAAGAAACAGUUUGAGCCUGAAAUGCUGGGCUGAUAUAGUUUGACUUCAGGUAAAAGUGAAAACUUUUAGUAGUUCAAGUUAAGUACAAAAUACUUUAUAAUGUAUUUCUAGUUGUUAUGAAAUAAGAGUGUCAGCCUUGAAAUGCAGUUCAUGUUCAAGACUGUGCUGCUGCAGCAGUAGCUGAGGUAAUCCAGAAAGCAGAAUGUUACAGAUCCCUAUUCCAACUGGGAAUGAUGGUAUUCCAUCCCUUCCUUACUGUGGCCUUCAUAUGCUAUCAGCUUGGGGUGACUGUGCAGGUAUUUACUCAGCUGUUCCAUCUGAAGAUGGACAUUAAUAUUAAGUUCUUAGCAAAUCAUUGGUUUGCCAGGUAGUAUAAAAUAUAGCAGCAUUUUUUUUUCUUAUAUCAAAGCAUAGAAUUGUUGUCUGGGAUCACAUCAGUGCUGUAACACUACUAAAAAUGCUUUUACUUGUUCAUUUGACUAAAAUCUGUAACUGUUUUUAAAUCUUUUCUC